AUUUGGACGGUCCAGAUACCACCGAGACUUUUGCCACUUCACAUUAGCCAAACCCAUUUUCCAAUUUAUUUUAUUUUCCAAUUCAUUCGUUCCUGAAAGACAGUUCCUUUGGUUCCAAACAAAUCCCAAUGGCUGCAGUUACCUCCUUUUCGCUCUUCAGGAACUGUGCAGCAACAACUGUGAGAGCUUUUGUGACAGUGAAAGCCUCCAACCCCAAUUUCACAACCUUCCUUCUUCCUCUUCACUCUCGCAGAUCCCUGUGCCGUGUUAGCGCUACAAACGAUGAGGAGGCUGCUGCCAAGGUAGCUGCAGCUAAUGCCAAUGGUGGAGCUCCAACAAUAUUUGACAAGAUCAUAGCAAAGGAAAUCCCAUCAAGCAUUGUAUAUGAGGAUGAUAAGGUCCUGGCAUUUCGGGAUAUCAACCCACAGGCUCCUGUUCACGUUUUAGUCAUCCCGAAGUUUAGGGAUGGAUUAACUGAGCUGAGAAAGGCUGAACUUAGGCAUGUUGAAAUACUGGGUCAACUUCUCCAUGCUGCAAAAAUAGUUGCCGAUAUAGAAGGCAUUCUUGAUGGGUUUCGUGUGGUUAUCAACAAUGGUCCAGAGGCAUGUCAAUCUGUUUAUCAUCUCCACUUGCAUGUCCUUGGUGGAAGACAGAUGAAAUGGCCAGCUGGUUGAAGAUCUGAAGCUGCUGGAGGACACCAUAAAUCUCAUAUGAGGGAGAUGAAUAAGUGGAGUUUUUUUGCAUAAUUAAGUUUGCGUAGACCCUUGUUUGUUUGUGGAAACUUGGUUUUGUAUUGCAUAUGAGACGAUGUAGAAUGAGGAGUGAAUCAGGUUCCAUUAAUCAUGAGUCUUCUGUUUUCUC